CGAGUUCCGUCACUCCGUGCGUUCGCACGAGGUAAACCCGCCAUGGAGGACGCGGCUCCCACCUCGCCAGGGACUUCGGCAGUGGUUGCAACUUCCACCUCGGCUUCAGACGACCUGACCGCCCUGGAGCACCUGGACACAAGCCAAAUUAGGAAGGCAGUAGAAGCCUUGUUGGCGCAUUGCAAGGCCAGGAAAAGCAAGAAUGCAUUGCUUUUGAAUGAGAGUGAAAAUUUAUUUUUAUUGGUGGUAUUAUGGAAAAUUCCCAGUAAAGAACUGAGGGUCAAAUUGUCCUUGCCUCAUAGUAUUCGAUCAGAUUUGGCUGAAAUCUGUUUAUUUACCAAAGAUGAGCUUGAAUCACCUGAAGACACAGAACGUUUCUAUAGGAAGCUUUUGAAGAAGCAUGGAAUUGAAUCCAUCUCUCGAAUCAUCCCUUUCCAUACUUUAAAGACUGAAUAUAAGGCAUAUGAAGCCAAGCUCCGCCUCCUCGGGAGCUUUGAUAUUUUCCUUACUGAUGAAAGAAUUAGGCGGAUGUUACCCACACACAUAGGAAGACAUUUCUAUCAAAGGAAGAAAGUUCCAGUACCUGUAAACCUUCUAGCCAAGAAUUUGUCCAAAGAGAUCAACUACUGUUUGGGUGGGACUGUCCUCAACAUCUCCAAGAGUGGCUCCUGCAGUACUGUGCGCAUUGGUAACACUGCAAUGGAGCCUCAGCACAUCACUGAAAACAUUGUCGCUGUUGCGGAAAAGCUGGCAUUGAAGUUGCCACAGAAGUGGCAAAGUGUCAAACUCCUAUUUGUGAAAACCGAGAGGUCUGCUUCACUUCCCAUCUUUUCCUCGUUUGUCAGCUGUGUGGAUGAAAACAGCCCACUCUCCUUCAGUGGUCUGCAGAGACAAGAAAAAAAGAAGAGAGAGAUGAAGGUGCGUAAAAAGCAAAAGAAGAAAAACAAAAGGUUGAGGGCAAGGAUUCAGAAAUCUGCAUCAAUUUUACCAUGGGACCAGGCACCCCAAAUUGGGGAUGAUCCAGUGAAGGCCACCGAGUCUCACAAAAACAAGAAAGGUAAAGUGAAAGGCCAGCCUAAAGUGACAGGCAAAGUAAAAAGCCAACCUACAGUGACAGACGACAGUGAAGAAGACAAAAUCCCACAGCUGGUACCAAUAGAAGGAACUCCAGCAAAAGAAAAUGUCCAGCUGCAAAGCAAUGCCUCAGGAAAGAAGUCUUCAAAGAAGAGUGUCGGGCCCAGUACAUCCGUUGUGAGGAAGAGAAAGGCCCUGCCCACGGGAGAGACCCCCGGAAAAGCCCCAGGGAAGAAGCAGAAGACGGACCAGAAAGACAAAGAGAGAGGCUCAGGGCUGGGGAAAAAAGACCUGAGACAGACUCCAAAAAAGCCAGAGGCCAAGUUCUUCACUACUCACAAGAAAUCUGGGAGUAAUGAUCCUGCCACCCCUAAACAGGGACGGAAAAAUCCUUCUGAGGGCCAAGCUAGCUAAAAGUCACUGGCUCGGCCCAGGACUCAUCAGUUACUUGAGAUAUAUUUUUUUUAAUUGUUAUUAUAAAGGUGAUGUACAGAGGGGUUACAGUCACGUAACUGAAACAGACCCUUUUUUUGUAACAAUCCAGCUAUACAUAGCCCGCCAACCUGGGUGGGAUAACAUAGUGAGGCUCUGACUGGCUUGGGCCCUGCUCAGCAUGCGGGGCUGAGUUCCACCCAGUACUGGGCCAAUAGAGAAGUGAAAUAAAAGGAUUUGGACCCUAACUUCCAUUGCUACCCUCCCCAUGAGAGGUUUUAAGAACCUCCCUAGGUGAUCUGACAUAUACUCCUAUUUGUAAAAGCCAGUGGCAAAAGUAAAGUAUUUUUAAUUGUUCUGUGUGUUUGCUGAUGCGAUAGUCUUCUCUGUGGUGAUCAUACACAAACUGUAACAUCUGUCUCUGGA